AUGACUGUUACUCUGCAUGAUCAGGGGACUGAGGAUGGGCAUUUUGGUGAGUCCUUUGAGAGAGUGGAUGGUCACACAAUGACUGAGACCCUCCGCUACAUUCCACGCAGUGUUGUGGACACGUGGGCCCAGCGUGAGUACCUUGUGGUGUUUGGCAUCCCGUCGGUAGACAUUGAGGCACGGCGGAGGCGGCGCUACCUGCAGCGGACCACGUGCUGGCGCUUCCCCGGUGUUGCCACGAAGUCAAACAACUUCACUGGUGAGAUGCUGGUGCUGUAUGUGCUUGCACGCCACCCGUCUCACGGCUAUAACUACUCUGCUGGAGUUCAGGAGGAGGCAUCGGAGUGGCAUGAUCUGCUCACGCUGCCCAUACAGGAGGGAAGAGUGACAACAAAUAAAGCAGCUGGAUGCCAAGGAUUUUGGGGCAUGGAGGCUGAGGUUGGCAUGAGCCGCAAGACGUUCAUGUGGUUCCACCAUGCCGUCCAACUGUUCCCCAACGCUAGUUAUCUGGCAAAGGGCGACGACGAUAUGUUUUUGCGUGUGCCGCAGUACCUUGCUGACCUGCGCACCCUGCCCCGCCGUGGGCUGUAUUGGGGUCUGAUGCACUUAGCUCGUAUUAAUGAGGGCAGUGAGAAUGGUACGCGUAUGUAUCUUUAUGCUGCUGGAUUUAUUGUAACUCUUGCGAGGGAUGUUGUGGAACAGGUUGUUUCAUACGAACCACUAAAGCGUCUUGUGUUUUAUCCUAAGAAUGCCACCAGAAGAUCGGACUUUUAUUCUGUGGGUAUGGAUCACGAAGAUAUGAUGGUGGGACGUGCACUGUAUGAGAAGAAUUAUUUAGGUAUAGUAUAUGCCCGAGAAAGGGCUUGCCAUUUCCAUGAUGUUCAUGUGGGUUUUUGUGUGCGUCCAGUGACGUCCCGGUCUGUGGCGAUUCAUCACGUGAGGGAGAGUAAUUAUGCUACUCUGAUGGCGCGGUUUGGAAACGAUACAUCUCCUUCCCCUCGCAACUUCACACGUAUCAACCCAUAUAUAAUUUACUUCCCUUGUGAGAAGGAAAACAUAAGCUUAAGGGUUUAG